AUGGCGAAACGAUCAAGAAUCGUGCAGUUCGAUCUGCCCGACACUCCGUACGAUAGCUCGGCCUUGGGCUCUUCAUAUCCACCGCAACAGCCAUUCUCCUAUCAUUCAUCAUCAAAUCCAACAUCCCCGGUUUUUGUUCCGAGGAAUGAAGCAGCCCCUAUCGGUCAUAAAGCUCGUAUACCGAAAAGGACAACAAAACUCAAUGAAAAACUGAUUACAUUGCCUGUCGAAUCUCCUGGUGUAGAAGCACCUGAACAGCAACCUAUAGAAGAUGCAAGAACGGAUUUCGAACGUAUGGGUCAUGAAGAUCGGGAAGUCGCUCUACUACCACGAGUGACGGGUUACUGUACUUGUGAAGGGUACAACCUAGAAGCCUUGUCGGCGUGGAUCAAGUCUCGCCAUAACAAGAGCACUACCAAAUACGAUGAAGCUUUGUACAUAAAGUACACACAACCUUUUCCAUUGUCGCCGAUUGCUGAUGUUGUGCCUUCAAAGAGCAAACGAACGAGGAAAUCAUCAUGGGGUCCUGACCAGAAUGGUGAAGAAGCGGACGAGAGAGCUCCACUCUUGCCUACUACUCAUCGACGAGCAUCAUACAGUUUUGAAGGUGGACUGAAUCAAUUGUCCAACGAGAUUGUAGAAUCUAUCGUGGAGACUGUAGGUGUAUUUGAUGAUCAAGAGGUUUUUGUCUUUGAUUAUGGAGUGGUCGUGUUUUGGAACUUCAGUCAGAACAACGAGGCCAAAUAUUUGAGGGAAAUAUCCAGGUUUGCUGUACAGUUACUACCAGCAGAUGAAAUGGAAGUGGAAAGCUUUCACUUUACUGUCAACGCCUUGGCUGACCAGGCUAGAAUCUUCAACGAUAUGUUGACGCUCAUCAACAGCAAUCCCAUGAUCAAGCUAUCCAUUUCACAUGCCAUUGGCCAAUCUUGUAAACUGGCUGUCUUUGAAUCCAAUGUUGGGAAAAUGAUUGCGUCUACGCAGCAUCUGCCUCUACAAAUGGCUCAGUAUGGAGACUUGAAGAUAUCCAGAGAGGAAGUCGUCAAGAUGGUAGGAUCUCUCUUCAAGCUACGGAUGAAUGUGAAUUUGAUAUCCAAUGUGCUAGAUCAACCAGAGUACCUCUGGUCUGCGCCAAACUUCACGCCCCUCUACAACUCAAUCCGCAAGUAUCUAGAAAUCAGCCAAAGAGCACGCCUACUCAACUCUCGAACUGAAAUCAUUGGUGACUUGAUGGACAUGUUGGGUGAACAUAUAAAUCGUUCAGCUAUGAGUUCUAUUACUGUUAUCAUCAUUGUGCUGAUUCUUAUUGCUAUCUUCGUUGCCUUUUUCGAGAUUGUUGCAAAAUGGUCGCGGCUCAAAAGGGAUCAUUGA